UGAAGAAACAGAAACAAGGCGUGAGGAAGAGAAUAUGAGCUAGUAACGAAGGCUUUUGAGGUGUUCACGGAGUCCAAUGCUACAGUCGGAGAUAACUUUGAUUUGGGGUCAUUGGUGUGACCAUCAUGGCUGUCUUAUCAGGCUUUGGUGCUGUCAAUCUACCUUACAGUUAUCUGUCACUCUUUAUUAGGGAGAUUGAUGAGUUUGAAAUAAAAUCCUUGGAGAGGCAAUUGAUGCAAUCAAUUGAGACAUGCGUUACCAAAAAGAAGAAAAUUAUACUUUGUCAAAUGGAGAUGGAAAGAAGUCAAGUAUCAGAAGAGAAGUUGAAUGCUCGAUCUUUCUUCAAGAGAAUUGUUGGAACAAUUGUGAGAUCUGUACAGGAAGACCAAAAGGAACAAGCCAUUAAGAACCUGGAAGCUGAGGUACAGGCUUUAGAGGAGCUGUCAAAGCAGCUGUUUUUGGAGAUUUAUACACUCUGGUUUGCGCUGAAGCUGCUGCUUUUUCUCGAACCCGGAAAGGCCAUAUGGAGAAUCUUUUGGGCUACGCAUGUUCAAUAUAUUGUGUAUACAAAAUGAUUAAGUCGUUGCAGAGCGUUGUUUUUAAGGAGGCUGGUUCAGUCGAUCCUGUCACAAAAACGAUCAGCAUAUUCCUACAAUACUUUGAUAUAGGAGUAAAUGCUACUUUACUAUCCCAGGAAGCUUUUUCUCGAAUCUGGAAAUUCAUAUGCAGAAUCUUUUGGGCUACGCAUGUUCAAUUUAUUGUUUACAAGAUGGAGAUUCAUCUCGACUUCUUAGAUGGAGGAAAAGUUAUGUAUGAUAAUAGAAUAGUUAGGCUGGUAAACUAAGUACUAUUAUUAUCUCAAAUUUCUGUAGUGAAUGGAAUUUCAAGGUGAUAAAAAAAUUUGGAAAUGGGAGAGAGAAUCCCAUAACCUUUGAACUGAAGUUAUAGAAUUCUCUGCUCCCCACUGUAACAACUAAUUAAAGAUGAUUGUUAAUAUAAAUUCUUAAGCAUCCUUAUUAUUUAAA